AAAUGUCCCCCUGUUCUUUAAACUUCCAUGCAGGAUAUUGCUGUAUUUUAUUGUUUUAGGGUAUCUCAGUGUCCAGGAAGAACACAGAAAUAGGAGCCAUGUUUUUUAGUGAAUGAGAUGUAUUUCCUUCAGCUUGACAUCCUAUGUUAUUGCCUCUUGUUUCUCAAAUGGUGGAUAUUUCCUUAUUUUUUGGUAAUGGAAGUGGUUAAAAUCUUUGACAAUUGACAUCCUCAUUUGCAGGAAGGUGAUAUUAAACCACUUUUGUCCACUCUGUGGUAUAAACUAGCAUCUACAAAACAGAAGUCUUGUUAUGGAACUUCCUGAUCCUGUAGAUUAGAUCGUGUUUACCUCAAGAACGGCCAACUUUGAAAUAAUCCAGAAUUAUCCUUUUCUGUCAUAAAAUUUCAGUGCGAAGACAAACUGCAGAUUGGUUUCAUAUUUCAGGUUAAUUAUGUCAAUGACCACUAGCAGCACAGCAUGUGACCAGGUCUGAGAUGUGAUAAAUACCUGUCUUCAGGGUGAAUAGCUGAAAAGAAAACAACACCUCUCUCUGGUUUUGAGAAUUCCAUCGUUCUUCUUUUGAAGUCCAUAUUUUACUGCAGUAAAUAAAAUGUAUUCCUACAUGUUUAUCAUAUUUGAUGACAUUUUGACAUCAUUCCAGAAAGACAGAAAUAUUUCAAAAGUUUCUGGCCUGUAGCAUAGCAUAAUAUUUUUCUGUGUAGAAAGUGAGGAAAAUGUACCCCAAGAAAUAAAUUUAAAGAAGAAAGCCAAGAUGAAGACAGAAUGACAAAACCCGCUACAAGCAAAUAAUCAACAAUAGAAUAUUCAAUCCCAGUCAAAACCCUUGAUAGCAGAAUAUAAUUUAUUUCACUCUAGGUGAAAGAGAUUGUACAGAAAUUUUUUUGUCAUUAGUAACCUGUAGACAAAUAUAUGAGUGGGCUUGAAAUUACAAUCAGUGUAGGCUUGAAUUAUAUUUGUCUUAAAUCAAAUGUUCAAUGACAGCUUUCACUUUUCAUUCUGAAGUGGUGUAGUUUAUCUUUUGAUCAAGGAAAUACAUAAUAUGUUCAUGUGAUCAUGACAGCUUAGAUCUUAUUUUAUCACUUCUGAAACCAAAAUAAUAAUACUUCCUUGUUUUCAUUUGAACCAUCUCAAGCAAAGCGCAAAUGAUACUAGUACAACCUUGCUGAAUUUCCUGGAGCUGCCAGAUAUUCUUGUCAUAAAAAGAUUGGCUGAGAAUGCAUGAGAUAAUAUAUACUUUCCAGUCUGCUUAGAGAGAGGAAGCAAAUUUUCAGAGAAGAGAUAAAGCGAGAAAUUAUUAGAAUAUCUGUUUAAAAGCUAGGCUUCUCACUAUCACAGUCAUUUCUAUUAAUACAACAUAUGAAUAUUCAAUUGAGGCGUGGAUGGGAAAUUUCAUCUUCAAUUUUCUUGAACUUUAGUCAAUUUCUCUUUUACUUUGCAUCUCUUCUGGAAGGCAGAUUAAGGGGUCUAGAUUACUGGCCAAGUCUCUUCGGAGAGCCCUCUGGUUUGAAUGAGGUUACUUCAACAGUGAAUGAAUUUCAAGUUGGGGAAAAGUGAAAUUUCUAUUCCAGGCUGUGGAAAAUUGUUUUCUAUUCCGGAGAUGUGUGGAUGGAUUAUCAUAUGAUUAUUUCCAGUCGUUUGAAGAUUCAUAUUUGAGUUUGUGUCAGCAUUUUUUUUGGUCACCACGAGAGAUGUAAUCAGUUUUUCAAACGUCAUGCUGAUCUAGAGCUUUGUCGAUUGCCGCUCCUGCUUAGAAUAUUUGUUCAAUUAGUCGAGCUUUCUGGACAGUGCAUUUCACUUGUGCUUCAUUCAUUGCUUUCUGUUGGAGAAGGAACAAUACACAAAAAGAACUUAGAAGCCAUAUUUUAUAUUUAGGGUCUUAUAUUUGAUGAUGAAUGCUAUGAUGAGCUGAGGACUACCAGUUCAAUAUUUUUUUCUUCUUCAUAUAAUGGUUGGCUGCAGUGGCAACUUGCUUGUGAUGCUGAAAAAUUAGCUUUAUCUUUGAUAUUCAUUCAUCUUUAUAUUGUGACUGAUGGAAAUCGCUAUUUGCAAUUUGAGUUUGAUUCAGAAAUAUUAAUAUUGUUAUUAGGAGACAUUGUUUGCAGUGAUGCCAUAGACAAGUCAAAUCGCUUGAGAUUUGCCUUCUUGAUUUGAAGAUUUCUGGACUUGUUGACUUUAUGGGUGAAGGAGGCAGAGUCAACAGAAGAAAGAGAAGCAAAUUGUAUACUCUUGAGUAGCUGAAGUACGUUGCUGGCAAAUCAUGAGUAUAUUCGUACUGAUUGUUUCAUCAAUGUUAUACAGGUUGGAGAAAAAACUUGUGAUACAGAAGAGCCUGGCAUGAUGCUAAAGAAGACCAGUAUACCAAGAGUUUGCAAAACAGACAUCAUUAAGUGUCUAAUGAGGCAAUCGUAAACUCAAAACACAAAUAUUUACUAGCUUAUCUUGACACCAACAUUCCAUUGGAUCUCUACAGAGAAUGAGAAUAUUCAAUUCAAUCGAUCUCAAGCAUUAGAAAACCCAUCAUUCCCUUUGGAAAAAUUGUAUGUGGUGUGAGAAGGGUUAAUGUAAGACGGCAGAGUUCAUUGAGAAGUUGGAGGACCCCAGGGGAACGAUAAAAGGGGGUGAAGGUGAGACCCAAUAUGUCUUUCUUUUGCGUGGUGAGUUCAGGGGAGGAGAAGCAGGUUCAUGUGAGGCAAGUGAUGGAGGAAAGCAGUGGACAGGACUCUCCCUCCGUGGAGGAUGCACAUGGGAGAUGUUCCUGGGGUGAUGGUGGGUCACCUUCAAACAGAGACACACCUGUUACUGGUGGCAGCGGUGGGAUACAGAGAGACGAUCAUUCCUCAGCGGUCAUAAAGGGACCAGAGGAGAGAUAUAGAUCAGAGAUAAGACUUAGUACAGGGCCAACGCAGCAAGAGCAGCAGUCAAAUAGUAUGCACUGGAACAAUGAUUACAAUCCAUCAGACAGUGCUAACCUGAGGAAGACUCUGAAGGAGCUCACUGCAAAGUCAGAUGGUGAUCUGAGAAGGAAGGAAUUCAGCCAAUCUAAAGCAGUGCAUGACAAGUUUUCGCAAUCAGUGACGGGUAACCCUGCUGUGGGUGUGCUGCAUGGAGCAAAGGUAUUUCCAUUUAGUGACCCAAGGAAAUUGGAGCAAAAAAUUGAUGCAACGGGUCAGACCUUGCGAGAGGGAAAACCACCUCUGUUGCGCCAAGCAGCAAGAAGUAACAGAAACAUGAUGAAAGGGGAUAGGAUAGAGAAGAGCCCAGUCACAAACAAAGUGGGGCAGCUUAGACAUCGCUGGGAGGUACUUGCCACUAAUGAUCCCCAGCCAAAGCAGCAAGUCAAUUCAGCAACACCAAGUGGUCGAGGCAAUGGAGAGGUCCCUAGGCCUAGGCGAAGGUUGACAAGUGAUGAACAGAAACAUGAAAGACCUCCUCUACCACCUAAAACAAAGCCUAAACCUAAGAAGGAUGUGAGGGAGCGUUCAGAGGCAUUUAUUGAGUGCAUUGAACCUCCUUCAUCUCAAGAUGAGCAAGAUGCUGGCGUGUCUUCUGCUGCCCCUGUACAGCAGAAGAUGGAGGUGAACCGGUCAGCGCAUCAGAUGAACCUGCACACUCUUUACACAAAGAGAGAAGAUUCUGGACUCAGCAGUGCAUGCAGCACCAUCAGCCUUGAGAAUUACCCUCUCCAUAAUCACUCCUACAACCUACCGCCCAAUGCCAGUGAUCGGAGAUUCAAUUAUGCCUCCAAGAAAUCCGACCAGCUCUCCGAUGUAAAGUCAACAACACAAGAUGCCUUGCCCAGACCAGAAACACAAGUUGCCUUCUUUGAUGCGGAAACGUCACAUUCUAUAUUGAAACCCGGGUUCGACGUAGUACAGAAUAAGCCGAGGCCGGGAGAAGACCAUUUUCAGCCUGACGAAGUUCUUAAUGAAAAUUAUUCCAAGGGAUUUAUCUCAAGUCAUAAACAUUUCCACCCAGAGCAGAUCAUUGAGGAAAAUGUCUCCUCUGAAGAAUUUGCUAAUCUUGAAAAAGGAGUACAACCAUUUGGAGGAAUCCCUUUGAAAAAUGGGAAUAACUUGCAUGGGGAAAAUGACAAAGGAAAGGAUCAGAAUUCUAAUGAAUGUGAAACAUUAAACUUGAAAGCAACAGGAAAGACAGAGAUCUUCUUCCGUCCUGGAGCCCUCGUGCAGAUAGAAGACAAGAGAGACAGACAGCUGUCAGAUACGAUCACAAGAUUCCAAGCCCAUUGUCGCGGUUACCUAGCUAGAGAGAAUCUCAAACAGCUCAAGAUCCAGAAGCUGGCAAUAACUUGCAUCCAGCGGAAUAUACGCAAGUUCCUAGCCGUGAAGAAUUGGCCGUGGUGGCGUCUGGUGACAAAAGUACUACCCCUACUAGAUGUCCACCGAACAGAAGAAGAACUCAAGAUGAAAGAUUUGGAGUUAGAGCAGCUGAGAUCCAAAGUGGCCAAGAUGGAAACCGAAAGGAAUACACUCAAACAGAAUGUGGACAAACUAGAUUCAAGGGUAACAGAGAUGUCAGCUGACUUAUCUGAGGAGCAUACAGCAGCUACCCACGCCUCUGAGCUGCUGGAGGGCGAGACAGCGGAGAGGUUGAGAUUAGAAAAGGAACUUAAAGAAAUCCGAUCUAACUACAAUACUCUUCAGAGGAAGUCAGAGAAGAUGGAGAUGGAACUAAUGGAACAUCGUAUGGUCAGAUCAUCUAUCAUUGAAGCAGACAUGAGCAGUGAUGAUGAAGCUGACUCAAUGUUUAGACUGAAAUACAUGCAGCUGAGGAAAGAGAUGGAGCUGGGCAAGAAACGGCUUCAGCAGGAACACGAAGAAGAGAAGGAGAAACUCCUCUCCAACAGAAAAUCAGUCGAAAAGAAGUUCGUAGAGGCAUCGGAGGAGGCUGAGGAGUUCAAGCGCCAGCUGAAUAACUUCAAGAGACGAUCUCAGAAGAUGGCCGAAGAAUCUCAGGACAUGAAACUACACCUUGAAUCACAACAGACCAGGAACUCAGACCUGGAGAAGAAGCAGAGAAAGUUUGAUGCCGAACUAGCAAAGGUCCAUCAAGAUCUCCAGCAGGAGAAGACGACCAAGGAUCGGCUCCAAAGGGAGAAGGGCAAGCUAGAAGGAGAGAAUUUCAUCAUUUCACAACAGCUCGAGGAUAUGAAGUCGGAGGUGAAAGUGACGGAGGUCAAGAUAGACACGCUGAAGAGUGAAAUGGAAGAUCUCUCCUCCCACGGUAGCACAGAGGUGAAGGAGGUGGCUGGCCUCAAGAGAGCCAAGAGAGAUCUAGAGACUAAGCUCCAGGACCAGGAGGAGGAGCUAGAUGAUCAAGCGGGACAGAUCCAACAACUAGAACAGACUAAACUGAGGUUAGAGAUGCAGUUGGAGAGGAUCAAGCAGUCUCAUCAGAAAGAGUUAGACGCCAAAGAUGAGGAGGUGGAGGAGGUCAGAGCUAGUGCACAAAAUAAGGUGAAGCAGAUGGAGAUCCAGCUGGAAGAGGAUUACGAGGAGCGUCAGUCCAUCAUGAGGGAGAAGAAGAAUCUAGAGAGACGGGUCCAGGAACUCAUGGACAAGCCCCUGGCCUCCGACAAGGACACGGAGAAGAGGCUACGCAAGGACCUCAAGAAGACCAAGGCCUUACUCAAGGAUGCCCAGACGAUGCUGGAUAGACAGAACUCGACGGCUCCCAGCGGCACCAAACUCAAACAGCUAAAGAAUGAGCUGGAAGAUGCUACCUUCGCUACAUCUUCGGCGACAAAGGCACGGCAGAAUCUGGAAGCAGAAUUAUCUGACCUGCAAGCACAGUCAGACCUUAUGAUGAAAGCCAAGUCUGAUGCCGAGGAGAGACUCUCUUCUGCAAACCGUGAUAAGACGGAGCUAGAAAGCAAGCUGGAGGACCAGGAAGAGGACUUCAACGACUUACUCAAGAAACAUAGAGCUCUUAUUCACCAGAUGUCUAAUGAACAAGCCAAGAUCAAUGAACACCUAGAGACGAUAGCUGAUCUAACAACUGAAAAACAGGAUCUACAAGAGAAGGUGUCAGAACUACAGGGCAAAAUGGACUUCCUAUCAGAGUCCAUGGUAGAUAGGACCGUAGUGAACAGACUAGAAUCUAAGGUCAGGGAACUAGACGCCAAACUGGACCUGGAACAGACUACCAAGAACAAGUUAGAGAACCAAGUGGAGAGAUUACGAGACUCCCUUGACCGGUCCAACAGUGACCACAGCUCCGUCCAGCAGAAGGAGAUGCGAGGCCAGGAGGCCACCAGGAAGCUCCAGAGGGAGAUCAGGGAGCUGAGGGAGGAGCAGGCAGAGAUCCAGAGGAAGGAGUCAGAGGCAACACAGAAGAAGCAUGAGCUGGAGCUUGAAGUGGAGAGUGUACAAUCGAGCCAUGAUCAGGUCCAGUCUGAUCUCAAACUGGCCUUCAAGAGGAUAGCAGAUCUUCAGAGGGCCGUAGAGGAUGGGAUAGGCAGUGAUAGUGAUAGCGGCACACCUGGUAGCGAUAGCGACGACAGUGAUAGUGACGGGGAUGGGUACGUGCCCAGGUACUCCCAGUACUCCUCUAACCGUAGCAGUCGCCUGAGUAGUCUCAGCAGUGUGGACUCCUCACAGUACACCACCAGGAGGACCAGGGUCUACUCCUCCACGUCGGAGAAGUCCGAUGAUGUCAGGCGCAGGUCACGGAGCGGCAAGUACGUCAUCAACCCCGGGAGCUCUGACGAGGAAGACGUGGAUGAGCUAGGCGCACGCAGCACCUCCCGACCUAGCAGCAUGUACAGCGAAGACACCGUAGGCAGCGUAGAGCUCGGAGACUCCAACACCAACAUCAGCCUCACCAGCAACUCCACGAUAGGUGGAGAGAGCAGUGAUGGGACAAAGAAGAAAGGUUUUGUGAUCAACCCUGAUUAUAUGUGAUGUCUAGAGCAGGGGGGUGUUUCAUAAAACUUUUCAUCAGUGACAAAUGACAGUUUCUGUUAUAAGCUACUGAAAUCCUUGCUUCUGAUUGGUUAUCAGCAGAUUUGGCACUGACUUUUGUCAUUUGUCAUUGAAAAAAGGCUUUGUGAAACAGGUCCCAGGUUUAGUUAGGAAUUUUAGCAGAGUAGAUUUGUAUAAACUUAUUUUUCUGUAUGUAAAUGAUAAAAUGAUAAGUUGUAGAAUUAGUACUGUCAUGGUGAUACAUUCAUAGAAACCACUUUUGUCUAAUAUGUGAAUACUUCACAAAGGAUUAAUGGGUAUAGAUCAAGAACUCUUAUGAGUGGUAUGGAUAUUGCAUAACAAACUAUAAAUGCAAUUCAUUUGUCUAGAGUAAUAAGCUCUGGAAUGAAAGAUUAUUUUUUGGCCAUUCAAUACUGUCUUUGACAGUGUAAUAUUUACAUCAAGCCAUAUAGGUUUGUGCACUUUUUUAAAUAUAAAAACUAUGUCUAUGUAAAUGCUUUAUAUAUGUAUUAAUGUUUUAACACCCAGCAUAUAUUUUGUCUCUUUUGUAAUACAUGACUUCAUAGUACAACAGUUUAAAAGCUUCCCAUAGGUCUUUUUCAUGCAUAUGAUUUGGUUAAUCAAAGUACCUUCAAUUAAAAUGUGUUAUAGGCCAAUAAUGUAAUUACAAAGUGUCUUCAUUGACUUUUUAUGUGCCCUUAUUUCUCUUGUUUAAUUGCUUUGAACUUCAUACAGGUAUUUGCACUUUAUGCUCCAUUAAAAAAUAAAAGCAGGUUUUUGUGCUUAUUGAUACCAGUUAUCCUAAUACCAACAGACCCCCCUCCCCUCACCCAAUGCUCUUUUUCUUGAAAGGCUCCAUUUCAGUCCAAGUAGUAUUCUCUGUGGAAAGUUUGACCAAACCGCAUGAAGAAAAAAAAAAAAAAAAAUGGGUGAAUAUGGAGAUGGGUUAAAGCUCGCUCUGGAAUCAGCUGCCUCUUGACUCAGUUUGCCAUGGAUACGCACUGGUCUGUAGAGAGAAGAAGAUAUAGAGAGUGAGAGAGGGGGAUAGGGGAGAAAGAGAGAGAGGGGGAGAAGGAGAAGGGGAGCAAGAGAAAAACCUGGAUGAUAAACUGAUAGUGGGAGAAAGAGAGAGAGUGGGGUGGGGGAUGGGAAGAAAGAGAUGAGAAGUUCAAGAAAGGGAGAUAAGAGAAAGCAAGAAAGAAAGAGGGGUGAUACAUUUCAUAGGAAAAAAUGAGAGAAAGAAAGAAAAUGAUGGAGCAUGAUAGAAAGAAUAGGGAUGAUAAACUGCUAGUGGGAGAGAGAAAGAGAGAGAGAGCAUGAGAGAAGGGUGUUGAAACUAGUUCGGACCAUGGUGCAUUAUAUCUCACCAUUGAUAUCAUAUUGGGCAAGAGAUGGUCAUCGGACUUCAGAGAUGAAGAUAGCGAUUGAAAGGUGAAGAAUUAUGAGUGGUAACAUGAUAGAUGAAGACCAUCUCUUGAAAUGGGUCUGUCCAAGUUUUUUGAACGGGAAAACAAAAUGGCAUGAGGUUGACCUGGCUAUUUCAGGGAUGGACAAAAUCAAAGCUUACAGUGCAUUAUUUGGUAUUGGGGAUUUAACAAAUUCUUUGAAUAUCUGUUUAGAAAUAGCAAGGGGAAUUGAAUGAUGUACCACCUCCUACCCCCCCCCCUCCCUCCAAAAAACAACAACAGAGAAUCAGAGAAUUUAGGGAAGGUAAGAUGAAUUGUUGAAAUUACAUUAGUUAAAUUUAAGAAUAGAUUUAAAGGAGCAAGCUGGAAAUCAAGGAAUGCUUGGAAUAUGCAUUUUAGAGGAAGAGUUUAUAAGAAAACGCAGCCAAGGGGCUCAGUUAAACAAUAUCCCAAGUAAUUUUGCGUUCCUCUUUCACUCCACACCGUCAUUCCCUGCCCAAUUCAAGAUGAAAAGGAUUAUAUUUUAAGAAACGGCUAGAAGUGAAAGUAUGCGGCAUCUGUUUGCCCCCAGCAGAGAAUCUGAUUAUGAUGAUGAAGAUGAGAUAUGCCCAUUGUUCAUUAAAUUGGCAACCUUGUCACCAUCGACAGGCACAGCCGUUAAGGGAAAUCAUUUUUUUUCCCUUCUGCCGGUUAUUAUGUGAUAAGUGCCUGAUUACGAUGUAACCUAGAGUGACGUUUUGUCAUCGCAUGAAGUCCCCCAAGGCACAGAUGUUUUUAUUUUCAGAUAUUUCAGCCUUGCUCCUAAGAGUUCUUUUCACCGCCAGUUUCAAAGCACUUCAUAAUUGUAUUUGUGAUACAUACUCUCUUUAAUCACAUUGAGAUUGAUGUCAUCAUACAUUUGAGGGCCAUGAUCUUUUAGUAAUAGAAUUGUGUAGUAUACCAUGCAAUGUUCCUUCAGAAAAUUAUAUAGUGAUAUGGUUAUAAACCUUAUUGUUCUUAACAUUUUAUUAUAUCCCUCUUGAAUAGGAGUAUAUUUUAUUAGGAAGCAAAUAUUUUAGCCAAAACAUUCACCAGCUGGUUUUCUGACAAAACCUCAGUAAAAUAAAUAAGAAUUGAUAAUACUUGUUAUUACAUGUAAUUCAUCGUAACCCCUUGUCAUUGGUUUUUUUUUCUUCUUUUUGGCUUAUGUCAUAAGUAUUACCCUACAUGGAGAUAAUUAUGAAAUGUAAUCAAAAUGCAAUGUUAUAUGAUAGAUUCCUGAAUGGAAUACUAUUUGUCUAUAAUUGAAAUGGAUGUAAUAAGAAUGCAAAUGUGUAAAUAAUUUAAUUGGAAAAUAUGUAAAUAAAAACAAAAGGAAUGUGUAUAUAUCUUUGUCUGUCUCUUUGUAGGUAAUAGCUGUACUAAAUUGGAAAAGCUGAAAUGAAUAUUAUUGCUGUUUCCAAGAAAUAUAUAUUAUUCUGGUGAAAUGUGAUUUCUUAGUGCCUUGGCUAACGUAGCAUGGAGCAACUUGGGCAAUUUUUCCUGAUUUUAUUUUCCCCCAUCAAAGUUUAUCGUUAUGUGAUAAUACAUUUAUAAAGCAUAGGGUUUAAAACUUAUGCAGACUAAUGAAACAGUAUUGUCUUCUUCAAAUACGAAAUCUAUCCUAUUCAUUCUAGUAUUUCAAAUUAUUUUUCAUAUAUAAGAAAGCAUUAUUGGACAAAAUAUUGUAGAUUACAGGGACACAUAUGUUUGCAGUACUUAGUUUGUAUUUGGAUUAUUGGAGGUAGAUGUUGCUAUGGCAAUUGUAAAGCAACAGAAUACUAUAAACAAGCAUGUAACGCAUUCUGUCACAUAUAUAUUAUGUAAAUAUUUUUAAGGUAAAAAUGAGAAUUGCACUUGUAUUAAAAAGAUUAAAAGGAUGUCUAAUGAAAAUACAAGACUUGAAAGUCUUCUGUAUUUCUUUAAUCUCGGGUAUAACUUAUGAUAUACUAGGUAUAGCCAAAUGAGCGUGAACAGUAAAACCACGGUUUUACUUUACUUUUAAGUUUUAUCCUGUUUAAUUUUGAGAAGGAAGAUAUACAUGUAUUUUAAUUUACCUCAUAUGAUCAAACUGUCAGUUGGUCUUCAUAGAAAUAUGAUUUUUUUUUUCUAGCAUCACAUGAUAAUUCAAGCAUGUAAUAUAAUUUACUUUCUUGUCAAAUUUGAAUAUUUUUCCUAUUCAUGUUUCAAGGCAUAAUGUUUUUUGUCAUAAUUAUGUUUUGCGGAAGGGAAAGGUUUCCUUAGUGAAAUUCUAAAGGAGAGGUGCAACAUAUUCAAGAUCAUAUAUAUUUUGUGUGGUGUAGAUUUUUAAAAACUUUUAUAUGUAAACUUAUGUUCAUCUUUUUCUUCUUUUAUUUCAUUUUGUUGUUGAAUUUUACAUUUGGUGCUCUUUUUUGUUUGCAUUAUAUUAUAUUCUUGAGUUUUUAAUUGCAUGUUUUAUCUCUUCUCAUAUUUUCUUUAGUCAAUAUAAUUUCAUUAUUCAACACUCAUUACACCCCAAUGCAGGGCUGAUGUAUGAUAAUGAUUGUCUCAGCAUAACAACAAGUAACUAAAUGUAUUAUGCUUCUCUCCCAAUAAAAUGUUAAUGUAGUGUAAUUUUUUUUGGUAUAACAUUGUUCAUAACUGCAAGAAAUAAGUAAUUCCAUUCCAAAAACCGUCAAUGGUCAAACAUUCUUUCUGAAUUGUUAGCAGUAAGUAUUGGAUACACUCGUUUUGGUGAUUGUUAGACAAAUCCCUCAAGUUUGCAUUGUUGUAUGGGUAAAGGGUAUUGGCUGAUAUUAGCGUUCAUAUUUGUGACAUAUUUUCAAUGUAUUAUGCACAUUCAAAGUACAUAUAUUCCAUUUGGAUAGUUGUAGUCAAGACGAUUUGCUUUCUCCCAUUAUAUUAUUGUUCUUAAUGAUAAUUUUAAAAGGCUUAUAACAAAAUCACUAUAUCAUCAUAUUGUAGACAGAUUAAAAUAUCCACUUAUUUGUAUGCCAUUUUACGUAAGCCCUAAGCUAUAUUAUAUUCAUAUGCCCACAUAAAGAGACUAUUCAAACAGUAUACGGUCCCGUAGCACCAUCAUUUAUUAAUAAUAAAUAAGUUGUUUAGAUUUAAAAGUAUAUAAGGGGGAAAGAGUGUAUGUACAAAAUAACAACUGUGUUAUUUUCUAUCACGUGAAAGGUUUUCCCAAAAUGCAGUCUCUUAAAUUGUUUCGUCUUUCAUUCUGUUUUAAAGUAUUGAAUGCUAGUGUAUCAUAUGAAAACAUCGUAUAUCCAACAAAAAAUAUAUAUAUUUCCAUAAAUCAGAAUUCAAAUCAUUCUUUUAUGCAAGUACAUAGUGAGAUGUGUUAUCUUUCUUUGUGUCGGUUUGGGGGUUUAAUGUAAUUUCUUUCUCAAACUCUUCAUACUGAUGCAGUAAAUGUAAAGGCGAUAUCAUGAUACUACAGCAUACACUGAUCACUAUGUAAUAUAACAUCUGUAAAGGACGGGUAAAGACUGCAUCGAAUAGUAAAUUGUUCGCAGCUAUCCAAGAAUCUAUUAAAACAUUUAAUGACAGCACUGUAAAAUAUGUUUCAAACUGAUUAAACUAUAUCAACUGAGCAUGGUCACUAAUUCUGUGCAGUACAUUUUAUGAAAUCAAAUAAUGAAUUGUGGGGUUUUAUCUUCUAGUUAUAGUCACUUCCUGUUCGUCUCACAUUGUACACACUAAUCAUGCACGUAUUGUUGUACUGUAUGGAUAUCAAUAUUUCUGUGAAAACUAACUAAAAUGACAGUUUUAAAACAAAAUAUGCAUAAAGGGCUGCAUGAGUAUCAGGAGCAGAGGGGUGAUUACAUUUGUAAUUGUUAAGGAAUAUAUUCAGAUGUGGAGAUUAAUGUAAAUCUGAAUGUCUUCCAUUUAAAAAGAUUUCAAUGUUUAAGAUUCUGUGAUGUAAGAAUGACGGAAGUUCAGGUAACUUCCAUAAUGGUGACAGAUUUACAUCAAAGGUAUUGUUGUGUAUCUAAAUGAUGCUGACAAAAUGUAUUCUAACAAUUGCAUUUGUUGCUUGUAAUGAUAAGAUAUUAAAGAUAUAACAAUAUUGUA